CAUUAAAUUCCGUUCGUUCCUAUAGAGUUCAGUGUGCCCACCCUACUAAUAUGUGUAGUUAUGCUAGUGUAAGUGGUUUGUUGUAGCUUGCAGUUGAGAAUAUGUUUAGUGAAAUAUGUAAUUACAAUAGUGUUAUUGUUAUAGAAAAGUUUUUUAUAUUUAGUGGGUCCCGAUGUGAAUUUUAUUCAUUUCUUCAGGAUUGAUACUGUAGCAUUCUUUGAAAAUGAGGAUUUUAUUUAAUAUCUUAAAUAUGAGUCACACUGGGUGAAGCUAAGAAAAUGACUAAUCUAUCUGCACAAGCAUUAAAAGUUUUAUUUUAUACAACAAUGUUUUAGAAAGGUGGAGACUAUUAAGUGCAAGUGAAUAUAAAUUUGAGUUUGUUUUUGUUUCUGAUGCUGAUGCUGAUGAGUGAGGCAGAAAUAAGGUGAUCUACAAGUGGCUUUAAUAGCAACAUCGAAUAGCUGUAAGAAAAGUCAGUGUCGAGAUGGAAAAAUUUAAGAUCUUUCGAUGUGUUCGGGUGAAGCUCAAUAUUCCCGGUGUUGCGGUACUACUUCAGUUAAUGCUGUGUCUAACAGUUGCAACCUCGACUAAAUUGAGACACUCGAGGCAUUUGGAUUCGAAAUCCUACCUACUGAACGAAAAUGAUUUUAUGAUCGAGCAAGAGAGAAACCAUAAUCAUAAACCUGUAUUUUCCAAUUGUUCGAACUAUGCUCCUAUAGUGAAAGAAGAAGAACCAGCAGGAACGAUUGUCAUCAAAGUGAAUGCUAAUGACCAAGAUCCACUUGAAGAAGGAGGAACUAUAACAUACAGUUUUGUUACAAUAUCUGGUGAGAAAGUAAAAUUUGAAAUCAACAACCGAACUGGUCUCAUUAGAACAACGCAAAGUUUUGACCGAGAUGAACCGGAACGUGAAAAGGAAGUUUAUCUUACUGUACUGGCUACAGAUAAUGGAAAACCACAACUCGAUGAUGUUUGUACAUUCAAAGUAACUAUUGAAGAUGUGAACGACAAUCAUCCUGUUUUUGAUAAAGUGGCGUAUAUGGAAUCGGUUCCACAAGAUUUGCCCCUUGGCAGUGAAGUAAUGAGAGUUUCGGCCACUGAUAUAGAUGACGGCAACAAUUCUGUUGUUCAUUACAGCUUAGUAUCCAAAAAGACUGAUGACAGCGAGCCUUGUUUUAAAAUUGAUAUGAAGACUGGAGUGAUUUUCUUAAAUAAAACAAUAGACAAAAAUCCAGAUUACAGAUUUAUUAUGGAAGCUACGGCUAUGGAUCAAGGUCAACCACCACGGUACAGUACAAUUGAUUUGGAUAUAAGAGUCGUUGAAUCACACAAGAAGGCUCCUUCCUUCGACUACAGAUCUCCGGAGCCUAUCAAAUUGCCAGAAAAUUUCUCCGAUUUUGAUCAGUGUAUAGCAACUUUAACUGCUACCUCAAACAUUGACUACAGCCCCGAUGUGAUUUUUGAUUUUGUCAUUGGAAGAGCAGAGCAAACAAAUAAGGGAAACACAUUCAGGUUGGAUUUACCGAAAUCAACAAACAAUACCGUUUGCAUAAAAUUAGCUCAUCACUUGGAUUACGAGACUGUCACUGAAUAUACUUUACGCGUAAGAGUUCAAAACAAAUAUCAGUUGGCUGCCGAAACCCUUGUCAGCAUCCAGGUACUCGAUGUCAAUGAUAACAUUCCAACGUUUUUGGAGCUGGAAAAAGGUAGCGUUCUAGAGAAUGAAAAACCCGGCGUGUCCGUAAUGCAGGUUCGAGCCAUUGACGCUGACGGAACUUCUGCACACAAUCAGAUUACAUAUGAACUCGACAAUUUCAAAGAUUUAUUUGCAAUUGAUGAAAAAACUGGCAAUAUUACGACACUAAAGAGAUUCGACAGAGAAAAGGAAGACGCAUACAAUGUGAAAGUGAUUGCAAUUGACAAUUCGCCCAGUGCUCUGUUCAAAACUGGAGAACACAAUAAAGGACAGCAAGUGUUUCGUAUAGAAAUAGCAGAUAAAAAUGACAACAGUCCACACUUUACCCACUCUCUCUAUUUUGCGAAAGGAGUUUUGGAGAAUGCAAAUAUCAACGAACAUGUAAUCGAAGUCGAGGCUAAAGAUGAGGAUACAGUCAGUCCUGUUAUGUACAGUAUUAUUGCGGGAAACACGAACAAUAGUUUCUACAUCGAAAGCACCACUGGAAAGAUUCGCGUUAAUCAGCCGUUGGAUUUUGAAAAAAUCACCGAAUACGUUCUGACUGUUAAAGCUUUCGAUGGAUUGUUCAAUGACACGGCGCAAGUUAAAAUUUUUAUUGUCGAUGUAAAUGAUAAUUUGCCAAUUUUCGGGGAUUUUAACACCAAUCCAAAAAUAGAAGAGGAAAAGCUAAUUGAAGAAUGUAUUACCACCGUAGUUGCUUACGAUCCUGAUAUUAAGGACAGAAAUGCUGAUCAAAAUAUCACUUACAACAUUGUGAAAGUUGAACAGCAGCCUUUGAUAGACAUCGACAAGUCAGGUUGUUUGAAAUUGAAAAAACCACUCGAUCGAGAUGCUCCCAAUGGGUACCCAACAUGGACGGUUAUUGUCAUGGCUAGAGAUGAAAAUGGUUCACCGACUUCUCUUCAGAAUCUUCAAAUGGUGAACAUAACUCUAGAAGAUAUAAAUGACAAUGCACCAUUCCUUGACAUGCCAUAUCCUGUUAUAUGGGAUGAGAAUAAACCGCCUGGGAAAAUUAUUACCUUAGAAGCUCAGGAUUAUGACGACCCGAAGGAGAAUGGACCUCCCUUCUACUUUGAAAUUGAUUAUUCCGCAGACGAGGAAAUCAGGACGAAAUUCUCCAUUAAAGAUAAUAAUCUGUACGCUUUGGUUGAAUUUGAUCGAGAGGAAAGAAAGAGCUACAUUAUUCCUAUUUCAAUAACAGACAGUGGCACUCCCAGAAUGACUGGCGUCUCCAUGUUGACAGUCAUCAUUGGAGACAAGAAUGACAAUCCGAUGAGAAAUGGCAAUAGUUCUAUAUUUGUCUACAACUACAAGGGAGAAGCACCUGACUCAGAAAUCGGCAGAGUCUAUGUGGAUGAUCCUGACGAUUGGGAUCUGCCAGACAAGAAGUUCUCGUGGGCAUCGCCACACGAUGGAUUCCAAUUGAACCCAGAAACGGGAAUGAUUACUUUACUGUCGGGCACUACGAAUAAAACGUUUAUUCUUAAGUUCCGCGUUAAGGAGCAGAGCAGCUAUUUUGUCGAUGGACAUUCAGAGGUCACAGCUGAAGCCAUUGUUAAUGUUACUAUUAAGGAAAUUCCCGAAGAAGCAGUCGCGAAAUCUGGAUCAGUUCGCUUCUAUGGAAUGAACGCGGAAGAAUUCGUUACGCCCUUUGAAUCUGGUUUUAGCAAGAAAGAUUUAUUCCAGCAGAUUUUGGGGAAUAUGUUGAAUGUGUCGACGGAUAAUGUCGAUGUUUUUACGGUACUUCAUUCGCCGCAUCAUAAUAAUAAAUCUCUAUUGGAUGUUCGAUUUUCUGCUCACGGAAGUCCUUAUUAUGCGCCGGAGAAGCUGAAUACUAUUUUGGCCGAACACGCCACGGAAAUUGAACGAAAAUUAGACACAAAUAUUUUAUUGAUAAAUGUAGACGAGUGCCUUCAAGAGAAACUUCACUGUAAUAAUUCGUGCCGUAGUUUUCUAAAUAUAAGCUCAGUGCCUUCUUCUGUCUUUACAAAUACAAGCUCGUUCGUUGGUGUUAGAGCAGUCGUUGAUCCGCAGUGUAUUUGUCACGUGGCAGAACCUAUUGUUUGCUUGAAUGGAGGAAUUGCGGUCGGUGAGAAGUGCAAGUGCCCUGCAGGAUUCGAAGGAUCGAGAUGCGAGUUGUUGGCUAUUGGAUUCCAUGGCGACGGUUGGGCUGUUAUGCCACCACCUGGACAGGCCUGUGAUGAUUCACAUUUAGGUUUGGAGAUAACCCCCCAUACAGAGAAUGGAUUGAUUUUCUAUUUCGGCCCAGUCAUUUAUAGUUCAAAAUUAGGAAUUCAAGACUUCAUGGCUUUGGAAAUAAAAAAUGGAUUCGCUGUCUUGUACGUUGAUUAUGGUACAGGAACAGUUAAAUUGGACCAAAAACAAAUCAAGUUGACCGAUGGUAAAAGUCACAGGAUAGACGUUUACUUAACAAAGAAUGCAAUCGAAAUGAAAAUUGACAAUUGCGGAAUAUCGGCUUGUAUGGGUCUUACUGCUCCGCUAGGUUUAAAUGAAUUUUUAAAUGUGAACGGUCCUAUGCAAGUUGGAGGCACACUUUCGAAUCUGAAAUAUUUAUCUCACAAUUUGGGUUGGAAUUACACUCCAACAGAGAAAGGAUUCGUAGGAUGCAUUCGUAAUAUGACAUUUAACGGAAAUACGUACAAUUUAGGAAUGCCGUCCAUGGCGAAAAACGCAGAUUCUGGAUGCAAUCAUGGAAUGGCGAAGGCUGUUUCCUUUGGAAUAGAUAGAAAUUUCUUGGUAGCUAUUGCUGUUUGUGCAGUUACAUUGUUCAUCCUUCUUUUGGCUGUAGUUGUUCACAAGAAGCGGACUGAUGAUUUAUACAAGGACAUGGAUGACAUAAGAGAAAAUAUUAUUAAUUACGAUGAUGAGGGUGGUGGUGAAGUGGAUACGGGCUAUGAUUUAAAUGUCCUUAGAGCAAUGUACGAUCCUUCGCUUGACUCGAAAAUUACACCUCUGGGAAUGCAAACUAGAGGACAAAACGAAGUUCCUGAUAUUUGUGGCUUUCUGGAUGUUCGCAAGGAAAGCUGUGAUAAAGAUCCUGACAUAAAUCCAUUUGAUGAUGUUAGGCAUUAUGCCUAUGAAGGUGAAGGCAAUUCAGAUGGUUCAUUGUCAUCGUUAGCUUCGUGUACUGACGAUGGGGACUUGAAGUUCAAUUACCUUUCGAAUUUCGGACCAAGGUUUAGAAAAUUAGCCGACAUGUAUGGAGAGGAGUCCAGUGAUGAAGAAAGUGAGGGUGUCUGCGAACGUGAAAGUGAAAGUUGGUGUUAAAAUAAGUGAAUUGAUUUGGGAGCAUAUUUCAGAUGAUCUGCAUCAUCGUCAUCAUCAUCAUCAUCAAGUUACUGCUUGAAAAGUAUGAGUUUUUUCUGAACAAUUAUUUUCUAAUGCAGAGGACAGCUACAAUUGAGAUAAGAAUUAUUUUUGAUUAAAAUAAUUAACAUAUUGUUAUAGAAUAAUGAAUAUUCUUUUAUUGUAAUUUUUCAAGCACUAGCUGAAUGACAUAGUGCGCCUCGAAGAUGUCCUUGAAAAAUUAUUUUAAUAUUCCUUGCUUCCAUGUCAUAAAAGUUCAACUGUUGUCGAGUCGGCGUUGUCUUAUGCAAGUAGUAAAAACGAAUUUAUAUAUAUUUCGUCUUUAUGUACUUAAAGUAAAUAGAUACAUACUAUAAUUUUUUCCAUGGCGAAGAACGCAUUUCCAUCGAUUUCGAAUUCUCUAAUUCUACGACACGCCAAAGAAUCGAAACAGGAAAAUGUGAUAUUAAAUAUUUGAUGUAAUAUACAUUCCCAUUGUGCUGAAUGAAUAGCAAACGUUUUAAAAUGUUAAAUAAUAAUAUUUAGGUUUUAUACUAAAGCCUUAACAUCGAUCAAAUACAGGGUGUAAAAUUUACAUAUGAAACUAUUAUAAGUAAAAGAAAUUCUAAUCAAAUAUAUCGUGAACAGCAACAAUAAGUAUUAAAUAGAGGUAUUUUAAAAUUGAUUAAAUCAUCGUUAAUAAUGGUCUAUUAUAUGAAUAAAUUUUUUUUAUGGAGUGUGACUGAUUAUUGUUAAAAUUUAUUGACAGAGAAAUUCUGUACAUAAAUUAAAAAAAUUUUGAAACUUGUACGGUUUUUAUAUCAAAGGAUCACAUAUUCUUUGUAAGUCUGCGGAAAGUGUGUCUUCCGUCCAAACAUAAUUAUUCUUUUACAUUCUCAUUAGUUAAUACUGAAAAAUAGUUUCUAAUUAAAUCAACUAUUUACACCAUAAAUACUGUAUAUUAUCUUAUCGGAUUUAAUUUCAUCCCUGCGGAACUUGUUUCAUAAUAAUUCUUUUCA